GGGGGCGUGUCCGGGACAAACAGCGCCUCCUAUCGGACUCGGUGGUUUCGGGUCAGAUGAUCUGAGCUACAUUGUAAAUAGAGAUCCUCUAGAUUCUCCGGGGCCAUGCCUUCGUAGACCUUUAAAAUGAUCUCGGCUGAGAUAUAAAACUAUAUCUCCACUAACACUUGUCUUUUGGCGUCUUUAGCUUAUAGUGGCGUUUCUAAACGAGCAUUUGCGCUAACUCGGCCAUGUACCGGUCUCUGUACGCCUUCCGAUCCACCGAGCCCAACUCCCUGCACUUCUCCGCCGGAGAGAGCUUCCUAAUCCUGGAGAGGAGCAACAAACACUGGUGGUUGGGUUCCCGCUGUAGCUCAGGUGAAACUGGCUACAUUCCUUCCUCUUACAUUGAGAAAAUACAGGCCCCAGAGCAGGAUGAAGUGUUACAGUCUAUUGACCGAGCCAUUGAGGGCAUCCACAAUGUGGCCUUAAAGAAUGGAGGCAAAUACAACCUAGAGCAACGUGAUGUUUUACAGAAGCUGAUACAUCACAGAAAAGAAACGCUUGCGCGGCGGAGCUCCUCAUCGGCUAGUAAUAAAUCAGGCAUCCCAACCUCCAACAGCGAGAUAUCUCUGAGCCAAACUCCCAACCCACCCAAUGGCCUUAACCGAGAGUAUGGACACCAAGGAAGCAUGUCACUAUCCGGAAGUAUGGACAAUAUGCAAGGAGAGCAUGGAUUUUAUCAGGUGCCCCCUCAGCCUCGACGUGCAGCCCCCGUCACCCCUCCUCCGCCAGAGAAACAGAAGAUCAGCCGUCGUCCAGAGCCCGAGGUCCCAUCCCGUGUGUCCUCUCUCCCUCCCUCCCCUGCCCCGUCCCUCUCCAUCAGCACCACCUCCUUAGAGUCUGGCUCCACCCACUCUCUGGUCUCCUCUGAAGUCAGCCUGCCCAGUAUCUCCAGCACCCCACCUCCACCUGUCCCGUCCCGAGCCAAACCCUCCGCUCCCCCACCACCGGAUGUCCUGCCCUCGGAGUCCUCUGUACAAGCUGCCCCCGGAAAGAAAAGCCCGGCGCCGCAACCCCCUCAGCCUGCCCCAUCUCCCCAGCCCAAAGCUGAGACACAGCGUGACAGUGAUUGGCCUGUUGCCCCGCCGUCUGUUGCUGAGAGCCCCCCUGGCAGCCCUACUACCUCCGCUUCCAAACCGGUUUCCAUGACGAUUGGGGCAGAGCUGAUUGAGCUGGUGCGGAAGAACACUGGCCUGAGUUAUGAACUGUCCCGUGUGGCAGUGGGUGUUGUGGUGGGGCACCUGCAAACAGCGCUACCUCAGGCUUCUCCUGCUUUGGAGCAAGUGCUGCUGUCUUUGGUAGAAAGCAAGGAUCUCAGUGCUGCUCUGCCACAGGGGCAGGUGUGUCAUGAUGAGCAGCGGUUGGAGGUGAUUUUCAGUGACCUUGCUCGACAUCGUGAAGACUCACAGCAACGAAGCUGGGCCCUUCACGAGGACCAUGCUCUCAUCGCCUGCUACCUGGAGGAGCUGCUCAAGAUACUGACGGAUGCAGAUCCUGAAGUGUGUAAACGGAUGUGUAAGGCCAACCACUGUGAAAAUGUGAUCUCACUUGUCUCUUAUUAUCAGAUGGAGCACCGUGUGUCUCUGCGGCUUUUGCUUUUGAAGGUUUUUGGAGCCAUGUGCAGUUUAGACGCUGCUCUCAUCUCCACUCUGCUCAACUCCAUCCUGCCCAUGGAGUUGGCCCGGGACCUCCAGACAGACACACAAGAACACCAAAAGAUGUGUUACACAGCUUUGGUUCUCACUAUGAUUUUCUCAAUGGGGGAGCAAGUGCCAUAUCAUCACUACGAACACUUGAAUGGGGAAUUUGUCCAGUUUCUUUUGGACGUUGUAGAGGAUGGACUCCCGUCCGAUCCAACUGAGCAGUUGCCAGAUAUCUUCCUCCACCUCCUCCUUUCCUUCAAUCUCCAUCACACCUCACCAAGCAACAAUGCCAUUAUGCAAGAAAUAACAAAGAAAAAUGUCAAGAUCCUUACUGAAAAAGUCUUACUGCUUCUUAAUCGAGGAGAUGACCCAGUGUGCAUGUUUACUCACAUGCCCCCUGCUCCUCACUCAGUGCUUAAGUUUCUUCAGGAUGUUUUUGCGAGUAAAGAGACGGCUAAUAUCUUCUACCACACCGACAUGAUGGUGAUGAUUGACAUCGCUGUACGACAGAUUUCUGACCUUUCGCCUGGAGACAAGCUGCGCAUGGAGUACCUGUCUCUAAUGCACUCCAUCAUCCGCUCCACGGACUAUCUCACGCACCAGCACCGGCUCUUAGACCUACAGGGGGCGCUACAGAGGAUCCUUCGGGAAGAAGAGGAUCCCAGGGAGGACGAGGGCAGCGCUACAGCCAAACAAAUGGAUAAGCUAAUAGUCCAGCAGAUCUAUAAGGAGUUUCCACAGAUCUACGAGAGCUAGGACUAACUAUAUUAGUAUAUCACACACUGUAAUCUGCUUCACCACCACACAGAGGGACAGUAAGAAGUGUUAAAAACAAUUAAGUGCCAUUUCAUGAAUGUUGCCAAUGUAUUAUUAAUCCUCAUUUUUUAAAAAGGGAAAGUAAUCUUGGUCUUUUAGGUUUUAAGGGAAAUGUUUCUAAAUCAGUAAGAAAACUUCAGUACUACAAAUUGAUAUCUUUAAUUUGUAAAUUAAGUAAUGUUAUAUUUCUUCAGAAGGAAAUGGAAAAUCAAUAUUUUUGUAACUGUAUUUUUUCCAAACAUAGCAUUUCCGUAUUAGAAUUUUCAUCAUAAAUAUAUAUAUAUUUUUAAAAUUCACACAUUAUGAAACAGAUCAUUUGUAUUAAUAGGCUAAUCGGGUCCAUGAUUUCAUAGCAUACCAACAAUAUGCACAGUAUCAAUAUCAAAUUUCCCAGCCCUGUUUCAGUUAAACAUGCCAGGACUAAAGGAUGCUGUGAUGUCAUCUGAAAACCAGCAGCUCUGUUUUAAACCAAACUAGCCUAAUAAUACGGAAUUUAGUUGGUGUGCCAAUUGUGAACAUGAUUCUUAAUGUCCUUCUUUGACAGUGGGAGCAAACUACAGUGUGCUGAUGGACAAUGCUUAAUGCAUCAGAAACACUUUCUCCUUCUCUGACUUCUCAAGUAUUAACAGGUAGAUUGUAGUCGAACACACACAGUCUCACUUAUCCUUAUAAACAAAGUAAUAAAGCUGUAAUAUUGUGAAUCUCACCUGUGGAACAUCCAGGCAAUCGUCUUAACCACUUCUGAGCUUCUUAUUCCAUAUCAAAACCAUCUCAAGCUUCAGAAGUGUUCGCUAUAUUAAAAGUAUUUUGUCUGUAAAGUAUAUGCUGCAAUCUAACUGCAAUAACGCUUCUAACAUGAGAUUUCACUUCAGUAUUUUAAUAAAAGGAAAAGUGCACCUAUUAUAAAUGGUUAAACAUGGUAAUUUGUUUUUUUUUUGUUUUGUUUUUUUCUUUGUUUAUUAUCUCAACAAUGGAGGUUAACCUAGGGCAUGUUUUAACCAUUAAUGUCAUAGCCAAAUGUAUCAUAUCCUAGUUCUUCUCAACACAAGUUUUCAUUUAUAUCUUAACUUAUUGUCCUGUUUUGUCUGUUUUAAAAAAAAUAAUUAAAAGAAUCCACUAAUUAUUUCAUGUUUUCAGUUGUGUUAUGGUUUACAAUGUGGGAAGCUUGUCUACUUUCAAUAACUACCAUUGUCUGCAUAUGUGCUACAACAGUGUAAUAAUUAAGUAAUAAAACUAUAUUUUAACUGG